UAGCAUUUUUUUUUCCACUUAUAUUCUCUCUCUUCUCCUGCCUUCUUUCUCUCUCCCUCUCUCAUGCCUCCUUGUCCAGAGAUAUUGAGGAAAAAGAGGCUAACUUGCCAUAUUUUCAGGUUCUUGGUCUCUUUUUAAGUCUCCUCUCUUUCAAACGGGUAAGCUCCAUUCUUCAGGAAAUAUUUGAGAAGCUGUGAUUCUUCUUUUUUUUAUUUUUUUUCCAUCUCAUUAAUUGUUUCAAGGUCUCAAGAUCAGAUUAUUACCAACCAGAAUAGUGUUGUUGUUCUUCUUCUUCCUUGGAUAUAUAUGGAAUAGGGGAGCUUCAAUUUGAGAGAGCCUCAGAUGGGUUGCCUUAGAUCCAGGAAACAGAAGUUUUAGGUGAAAAAGGUUUCAACUUUUUAGGAUUUUCUUGUGAUUAUCUGGUGUGGUUUUACUUUUUCCAAGGUUGUUUCUCAUGACUGUUCCUGCUUUCUAUUCUUGGGUUUAAAGAUGAACACUUGAUUUUAGUUUUUUUUUUUUUUUCUCUCUUCUGUUUCUCAUUUGUGGUCUAUAUAUUUAAGGGUAGGUGGUGGGGAUAGGAUUUGGGUAUCCUGUGGUUGUUACUUCCAGGCAAAAAGGUGAAAAAGAAUCUGAUAAGUUCUGGAGUUUUGAGGAUAACUCAAACAACCUGCGGAGACUUGAAAUAUCUGAUAAUUAGAAGGUUAGAUCCACUGUUCCUCACCAGAUCUGAUAACUUGUUUCCAUUCUGCUUAUGCUCAACUGCUGGCUUAUCUUUGAUUUGACCUGGGAGGUAUAGAUUGUGUUUCUUUAUAUGUCUUUGAUGAAAAAAUAUUGGUGGGUCCAUUGUGAUGUCAUAGGAUGGAAGAGGAAUUGUUAGAACCUGCAAGCUUUACCUCAAGUUUUGUGGUGAAAGGGAAUGAGGAGGAUGAAAAUUGGUGGAUUCUGUGAAGAAAUUUAGAGAGAGAGAGUUAGAGUUGUUAAUUGGAUAAGUGGAAUUGAUGGAAGAGAUGUCCCCAGCAGUUGCAAUGACGCUUAGUUUAGGUAAUUCUAUGUGUGAUAGCUCAGGCAUUUCAACCCAUGUGGAAAUUGCCCGGCGAAAGCUAGUAACAGACACUGUGAGCUUGUUGUCUGAUCCUGAGGACUUUGCCGCCUUGUCUGCAUCAAAAGAUGGUGGUGUUGGAGGAACUGAUUCAUUGAAAAUAUUGCCAGAAAAUGGAACCAUAUCAGUUCCCAGUGAUGUGAUUCAGGAAAGUGAUGAAGAUGAAGUACUGUCAGUUGUGGAAGACAAUAAUGGAAUAAUGUCCGAGGAGUUGUUGGCAUUGGAAGCAGGAUCUGAAAUAAACUUGCCAAAAUCAGUUGGGAUUGAAGAUAGCCAAAUUAUUGCCAAGGCUAUAAUUGUGGAGUCAUCAAAUGAGGUGCAGGUGCCUACUGCAAAACUUCUUAUUGCAGCAGUGAACCCAAAUGCAGAUAUAUCUGAUGGCUCUGAUUUAAGGGCAUCAGCAGUGGUCCUUAAGUUGCCAAGUGAGAAGAAUCUCAGCAAAGGAACUACAAGAAGUGUGUUUGAAAUUGAUUGCAUACCUCUGUGGGGUUCUGUAUCAAUUUGUGGCAGAAGACCAGAAAUGGAAGACGCUGUUGCAGCUGUCCCUCGUUUUGCAAAAAUCCCUAUCAACAUGCUUAUUGGUGAUCGUGUUGUCGACGGAUUAAGUGAGAGUUUGACCCAUAUAACAAGUCAUUUUUUUGGUGUUUAUGAUGGCCAUGGGGGUGUUCAGGUUGCUAACUAUUGCCGUGAUCGAAUCCAUUGGGCUUUGGCUGAAGAGAUUGCAAAUGUUAAAAAUGACUUAAGUGAUGCUAGCAUGGAAGGAAACCAGCAGGUGCAGUGGGAGAAAGCUUUCACUAGUUGCUUUCUUAAGGUUGAUGAUGAGAUUGGAGGAAAAGGUACCAGAGGCACCAUUGAGGAUGCUGGCCAUGCUUCUGAGGCCACUUCUGAGCCUUUGGCACCAGAAACAGUUGGAUCUACAGCUGUGGUUGCCUUGGUCUGUUCUUCCCACAUCAUAGUUGCAAAUUGUGGUGAUUCGAGAGCAGUGCUUUAUCGUGGAAAAGAAUCGAUAGCAUUGUCUGUAGAUCAUAAGCCAAACCGAGAAGAUGAAUAUGCAAGGAUUGAGGCUUCUGGAGGCAAGGUGAUUCAGUGGAAUGGACAUCGUGUUUUUGGUGUUCUUGCCAUGUCUAGGUCAAUUGGUGAUAGAUAUUUGAAACCCUGGAUAAUUCCAGAACCAGAAAUCAUGUUCAUUCCUCGAGCUAGAGAUGACGAAUGCCUUAUUUUAGCCAGUGAUGGGUUAUGGGACGUCAUGACAAAUGAUGAAGCCUGUGAAGUGGCUCGAAAGAAGAUUUUGCUCUGGCACAAAAAGAAUGGAGUUACAUCUCCGGUCGAAAGGGGCAAUGGAAUUGAUCCGGCAUCUCAAGCAGCAGCUGAUUGCCUUUCAAUGCUUGCACUGCAAAAAGGAAGCAAGGAUAAUAUCUCAGUGAUUGUGGUGGACUUGAAAGCUCAAAGAAAGUUCAAGAGCAAAUCUUAAUCAAGGUUCAAUCAUCAUCUAGCUUAAAUCUAUAUACCUAUAUAUUAGAGAAAGUACAUCUACUGAAUACAUAGUUCAGUCAGUCCAUUCCUUUUUCUCAUGGGCUUAAUGUCUGUAUACAAGAAUAGAAACUAGCGUGUACUACAGUAACUGUAUCCGAAGGCCAUAUUAACUGUGUUUUUUAUAUCAUCUGUGCCAAAACUAUCUAAUAGUUGUGUAAAUUUGAGCUUGCAGGUGGGGGAAGAUUUACAGUGUUCAAUUUUGUAGAUCAUCCCUUUGCCUCUCCAGUGUGAUGUCUCUCUCGAGUUUUGUGUAGUGGCACUCCAAAUUGUUGGCGAUGGCUUGAACAAUGCCGGUAUUUAUACUACUUGGGCAUAAAUGGGUGCCCAUGUAUCCGCAAUCCUGUACAACUGAGGCUAGAAGAUGGUUUCAAGUUAAUACAUUUCUUCUUCAUGGCUUUCUUUGCAGCAGUAA